UAUGCGCCAAAGCAGGCACAUUAUAUGAAAGACACAUGCUCAAAGGUUCUGGAGCGCGAUCCCAACCUCGUACCCAACUUUCCUGACAUCGUGUGGCCUGCAAUGUCUUUCAAUUUUGGCAAGAACGUUGCAACGCAUAAGCACGUUGAUUGUAUGAACCUUCCGCAAGGUUUGUGCGCCAUAUGGGCUGGAGGAGAUUAUGAUCCCACAGAGGGAGGGCACCUCAUUCUUUGGAAACUCAAGCGCAUCAUCGAGUUUCCUCCACACUCGUGGAUACUGAUUCCUUCUAGCAUCAUUCCCCACGGGAACUCUUCGGUCCAUCCUCAUGAGAACAGAGUUUCGAUCACCCACUUUUGUCCAGGCGGGCUUGCAAGAUGGGUGGAGGCAGGCUUUACCUUGAUGGAGAGCUUAACACCGGCUGAAAGG